UGUUCAAGAGCGGGGACAGCAGCAGUCUCAUGCAGUCUGGAGCUUACAUCGUGAAAAGUACAUCAUGUUGGUGAAGGUGAGAUUUGGAGAAACGCAGAAGUAUGUCAAAGUAGCUGAGACUGAAGAUGGUUAUGAUGACUUCAGCACAUUUCUUCAGAAAGUUGUGCUUCAACAUGAUUUAUCAUCUACUUCGCUGGAGUCAACCAUGUCAGACAAUUCAUCUGUGUCAGUUUCUGGAGACUCCUUGCUAGCAUCUUCUGACUCAUCUGAUGCCACAGUGAUUGUUCACACAAACGGAGGGACGAGAACACAUGCUGAACGGGAAGCAGCAAAAGAGAUGGUGAGAAAUGCUCUCCAGGUUAAACCAGGUGGACAGGUUAUUUUGGAUGAAUACGAUAAACUGCGAUCACUGACGGAUGGCACAAGAAGACGUUUGGUAAACCUCCUUGUGGCCAACAUGGUUGAAAUUCAUGGGAUGAUCCCACCAGUCUCUGUGAGAACUAAAUAUGCUUUGGGCAUCAUCUCUCUAUUUCCCAGCCUCAAAGAUCCAUAUUCAGACAAUGGAUAUGAACACUUCUAUGACCAACAGAGUGGAUCUGGCUACUUGGCUUGGAGAAUAAAAACUGUUCAGCGCAACUCGGCAGCUCAGUACCGGAGAUCCUCCACCAGCACAGCCUAUCAAGAUAGUCCAAAGAGAAAGAGAGAGGUUUCCUGCACCGAUAAGCAGCUGCUUGGUGAGGAGUGUCGUGAAAGCGAUAUCCUUUUUGAAAUAUUCAACUGA